GAUCGUGAGAGACGUGAAACAGUGAAGGAUUGGAAGGAGGAGGGAGUGUAAAAGCCAGAUUUUUAUUGGAAGCAAUUGAAGUGGUUGCUAUGAGACCCGCUGGAGCAGAGGACCAGCAGCUAGCCCGACGCUGAUGGUUCUCACCGCGUUUUAAACCUUUCUUUUGACACAGUUUUAGAGUUGUUUAAUAUCUGAGCAAGCACCUGACACCGGUGACUUUUUUCUUCUCCCAGUCCCUCUGGUAAGAUGGAGGUAGAAAAUGAAGCCAGCUGCUCCGCGGGCAGCGCAUCAGGCGGGUCCAGAGAGUACAAGGUGGUGAUGCUGGGAGCAGGGGGAGUUGGUAAAAGCGCAAUGACAAUGCAGUUUAUUAGUCAUCAAUUCCCUGAUUAUCAUGACCCAACUAUAGAAGAUGCUUACAAGACCCAGGUUAGGAUCGACAAUGAGCCAGCUUAUUUGGACAUCUUGGACACUGCUGGCCAGGCAGAAUUCACAGCCAUGAGGGAGCAGUACAUGCGAGGUGGUGAGGGCUUCAUCAUCUGCUACUCCAUCACUGACCGCCAAUCCUUCCAGGAGGCUGCCAAGUUUAAAGAGCUCAUUUUUCAGGUCCGCCACACCUACAAAAUUCCUCUGGUGCUGGUGGGCAACAAAAUUGACCUGGAACACUUCCGCCAGGUCUCUACAGAAGAAGGCUUGAGUCUGGCCCGAGAAUAUAACUGUGCUUUUUUUGAGACGUCUGCAGCCCUCAGAUUCUGUAUCGAUGAUGCAUUUCACGGCUUAGUGAGGGAAAUCCGUAAGAAAGAGUCCAUGCCCUCCCUGAUGGAAGGGAAACUGAAGAGAGAAAACAGCCUGUGGAAGAAGUUAAAAGGUUCACUGAAGAAGAAGAAGAAAGAAAACAGGACAUGAUAUCCCUGCUUCUGACUCCCUCACUCUCUUUCUCGCUCAGAAUUGUAUUUGAUGGACAAUUGCAGAUGUAGCAUUCUGCUUCAGUAUUCUGUUUGUCUCUUUCUCUUUAAAUAUCUGCUUGUAGAUAAAAGCAAGAUCUAUAGAACUGUACCUCUUGAGAUAGUUUUGUUUUGUCUUUAACAGUUGGAUGGAUUUUGUCAAUCAGCCGGAUAUGCUGUUUAGUUUUUACAGUAUAUUACUAAAUAAAAUUGACAUUCUAAUUGCCUCA